AAACUUUAAAAUCCCAAUUCCUGUUAUUUUCUUGUAUUUUCUCAGAAACCAAACAGAAGGAAAUCGAGAUCUAUAAUAUGGGUUUCUUGGUAACAACCCUAAUUUUUGCUGUGAUUGGGAUAAUUGCAUCUCUUUGUACAAGAAUCUGCUGUAACCGAGGUCCUUCUGCUAAUCUGUUCCACCUAACAUUGGUCAUUACAGCAACAGUCUGUUGUUGGAUGAUGUGGGCAAUUGUAUAUCUUGCACAAAUGAAACCACUAAUUGUCCCCAUUUUGAGUGAAGGAGAGUGAAGUUCUUUACACAAAAUCAUUUCGAAGAUUAUCGGUAAACCAGAAACGUGGAUUGUGGAUUGGCCACUGAGGAAUAUCUGAAUUUAGUUAUCGCGGAUCUUUCAGUGUCGUUUCAUGUUGAUUUUGUAUGUAAUCCUUAUUCGAGCAUGGACUAUGAAUUGGUAUUGUGUUGGCACUUGAUGCUAUCAUUUUCUCAUGUGUUAUAUCACCUCAUAUUCAUUUUGAUAAAAAUUACAAGCUGAACGGGAAAAAUAGCAAUGCCCUUCAUGACUUCAGUGUAUCCAACAUUACAUUGAGAACGCCUAUUUUGUUUAUAAUGGUAAUACUUG